UUGUGCUUCCCCCUGCUGACCUUUCCAAGUGUAGCGUUACUAGGACACAACGCGUGUGUGUGUAUGUGUAAAUAUCCUGAGUGACACGAAUAGGAUUUACGAUGAAUGUGAUUAUUUAAAGACAGACAUUUUGACAUCAAGGGGCCUGCUGGAAGCACAAAAGGACAUGAGCGAUGAUGACGUCAUCCAGCACAUCACGUGCACUGUCAAACCUCCAGUAUACCUUCACUUUGGAGACGUCAAGGUAGACUCCAGCCACUCGGGCGUCUGCGUGCUGGAUGUCAGCCUCCCCUUUGGAAAAAGUGUAAACAUUGAGGCUGUCGCCUUCAAGAACUACUACACAGCCUUCGUCAGUGUGAGGCUGCAGAGGCGGAGCCCCAGCCAGGAGGCAGUGGCGGCCAAGUGGGUCACGGCUGUCAGGGACCUCCCUCUUAUGAAGAACCCCCAUACUGAGGCGGGUUCGCAGGACUUCUAUGCCAUCCACCGGACCCAGAUGCAAGUGGAGCCAGAUCAUGUCACGUCCUUGAGACUCAUCCUGAGACAGCCGUCCUCUGCGUGGUUGACCUUCAACCUGGAGGACAUCCGCAUCUUCCCUCGCACGCAGACGGAGACUGGCAAGGAGCUCUCUGAUUGGCUCUCUGCUCUGACGCUGGUUGACCGCCAACCUGACGUAGAGGAGGAGGGUCUGCCGGACCCUCAGACAGUUUCGUGCAGCCUUCAGCAGAUGUGGGCAUUGACCGAAGUAAUGCAGAGCAGUCAGAGUUCCGCCUCCAUCGGGCGCUUUGAUGUGGAAGGAUGCUACGACAUCAACAUUUUAUCUGUGACAUAAACAUACGUAUUAUACUCACGCUGUCCUAUAGCUACUGUAUUCUCUGUAACCAUCAUUCCAUAUGACACAAGUUAAAUAUGAAAUAAAUAAUUGCAGACAUGUGAUGGGUGUAUUCACGAUAUAGAAAUAUACUGUAUAAAGCAGGGGUCUCAAACUCAAUUUACCUGGGGGCCACUGCAGCUAGGGUCUGGGUGAGACUGGGCCGCAUGA